GGGAACGGGACCGGGAUGGGAGCGGGCUGGGACGGGCCGGGUCUCCCGCUGCCCCCGGGCGCUCCGGGUCACUUCGCUCCUUGGCUUUUGUUGAAGUUUUUUGGGUUUGGUUCGGUUAAGUUUGGGUCAUUUCGGUUCAGUUCCUUUUCUUUAAUUUUAUUCCAUUUUCCUCCCUUUUUUUCUUUUAUUUUUCUUUUAUUUCCCUGGUUUAUUUUCUUUUUAUUUUCCUUUUUAUAAUUUUAUUUUUAUCAUCCUUUCUCUUUUUUUCUUUUAUUUUUUUUUAUUUUCCUCUUUUAUUUCAUUCUCCUUUUUUGAAUCUCACUUAAUUUUCCUCUUUUUUUUUUUAUUUUUCUUUUCAAUCCUGUUUAAUUUUCCCUGGCUUAUUUCAUCUUAUCCUAUUUUAUUUUCCUUAUUUUCCUGCUUUACUAUUUUUCUUUUCCUAUUUUUCUUUAUUUUCCUUUCUUUUCCUUCAUUUCACGUUUUUUCUUCCACUUUAAUUUAGUUCAGCUUUUCCCUUCCUUUCUCCUCCUUUUAUUUCGUUGAUUUCCCUUCAUUCCUUUCCAUUUCAAUGCCUUUUAUCUCGUUUGUAUUUACUAUUUAUUUCCUUGUUUACUCUUUCCGUUUGAUUCCCCGCUUUUAUUUCCCUCCCUUUCUCAUUAUUUGUUUUUACUGCCCCUCCAAACCCCUUUCCCAUGGUUGGGGGGGUCCCGGUGGGAAUUGGAUUGAGGGGAAACUGAGGCAGGACUGCUGUGCCCGCAGGUGCCGGGGCGGGCCGGGGGGUGCCCCCCGUGUCCCCGCGGUGUCCCCGAGCCCUGCGACAGCCGCUGCCCUCCCUGCCCCCGCACGCGGAGCCCCGUGGAGGAGGAGCCGGAGGAGCCGUGCCCGCCCUGCCCGCCCUGCAGCCGUGAGUGCCACCGGGACCCGGGGGACACCGGGGGGCCGGCCAAGGGUCCCCUUGUGUGCCUCAGUUUCCCUUUUUGUGCUCCUUGUCAUGUUUGUGUUUCCAUGCUGCUCCCUAAUUUCCCCUUUCUGUGCCUCAGUUUCCCCUUGCUGCUCCUCAAUUUCACCUUUUUGUGCCUCAGUUUCCCUUUUGUUCCUCAGUUUCCCCAUGUUGCUCCCUAAUUUUCCCUUUUGUGCCUCAGUUUCCCUUUUGUGCCUGUUUCCCCUUGCUGCUCCCUAAUUUCCCCUUUUGUGCCUCAUUUUCCUUUUUGUGCCUGUUUCCCCAUGCUGCUCCCUAAUUUCCCCUUUCUGUGCCUCAGUUUCCCCUUGCUGCUCCUCAAUUUCACCUUUUCAUGCCUCAGUUUCCCUUUUGUGCCUCAGUUUCCCCAUGUUGCUCCCUAAUUUCCCCUUUUGUGCCUCAGUUUCCCUUUUGUUCCUCAGUUUCCCCAUGUUGCUCCCUAAUUUCCCCUUUUGUGCCUCAUUUUCCUUUUUGUGCCUCAGUUUCCCCAUGCUGCUCCCUAAUUUCCCCUUUUGUGCCUCAGUUUCCCUUUUGUGCCUGUUUCCCCAUGUUGCUCCCUAAUUUCCCCUUUUGUGCCUCAUUUUCCUUUUUGUGCCUCAGUUUCCCCAUGCUGCUCCCUAAUUUCCCCUUUUGUGCCUGUUUCCCCAUGUUGUGCCUCAAUUUCACCUUCUCAUGCCUCAGUUUCUCGUCUGUGUCUCAGUUUCCCUUUUGUGCCUCAGUUUCCCCAUGCUGCUCCUCAAUUUCACCUUUUUGUGCCUCAGUUUCCCUUUUGUCCUUGUUUCCCCUUGCUGCUCCCUAAUUUCCCCUUUUGUGCCUCAGUUUCCCUUUUGUACCUCAGUUUCCCCAUGUUGCCCCUUAAUUUCCCCUUUUGUGCCUCAGUUUCCCCAUGUUGUGCCUCAAUUUCACCUUCUCAUGCCUCAGUUUAGCCUUUUGAGCCUCAAUUUCCCCUUGUUGCUCCUCAAUUUCACCUUUCCAUGCCUCAGUUUCUCUUCUGUGCCUCAGCUUCCCUUUUGUGCCUCAGUUUCCCCAUGCUGCUCCCUAAUUUCCCCUUUCUGUGCCUAAGUUUUCCCUUGUUGUACCUUAAUUUCACCUUUUCUUGCCUCAGUUUCCCUUUUGUGCCUCAGUUUCCCUUUUUUUACCUCAGUUUCCCCAUGUUGCUCCCUCAUUUCCCUUUUUGUGCCUCAGUUUCCCCAUUUUAUCCCAUUCCCUCUUGUGCCUCAGUUUCCCCUCAUGCCUCACUUUCCCCUUUUAUCCCCCAUUCCCUUUUUUGUGCCUCAGUUUCCCCUGUUUUAUCCCAUUCCCUCUUGUGCCUCAGUUUCUCUUUUUCACGUCCUCCCCCUUUUUCUGUUUCCCUUUUUUCCUUCCUCCCCUUUUUUGUGCCUCAGUUUCCCCUUUUCCCCCUCCCUGUGCCUCAGUUUCCUUUUUUUUCCCUCAAUCCCCCUCACUGUGCCUCAGUUUACCCCUCACUCCUCCUCCCUGUGCCUCAGUUUCCCUUUUUCCCCUCACUGUGCCUCAAUUUCCCCUCAUUCCCCCUCACUGUGCCUCAGUUUCCCCUUUUCCCCCUCAUUCUCCCUCACUAUGCCUCAGUUUCCCUUUUUUUCCUUCAUUCCCCCUCACUAUGCCUCAGUUUCCCUUUUUUCCCCUCACUCCCCCUCUCCGUGCCUCAGUUUCCCUUUUUUCCCUUAUUUCCCCCUCUCCGUGCCUCAGUUUCCCUUUUUCCCCUCACUGUGCCUCAAUUUCCCCUCAUUCCCCCUCACUGUGCCUCAGUUUCCCUUUUCCCCCUCACCGUGCCUCAGUUUCCCGCCGUGUCCCUCAGGGGGUGGCCGGGGCGCUGUCCCCAAGCCCGGGGCUCUCUCCGCGCUCGCCUCCCCCGCCCCUCUCCCGGGGGCCGCUGAGGCCGGGCCGCCAUGUCCUCAUUCCCUUCCCCUUUCCGGGGCUCCCACAGACGAGGCCACGGCGCCGCUCGCUGAGGGGACCCCGCCGGUGUCGGGGACCCCCCGAGUGACCCCGCCGGUGUCGGGGCCGCCCCCCGAGCCCCCCGGGGACAUCAUCCCCCUGUACUGCGCCCUCCUGGCCGGCCUCGUCGUGGGGCUCGUGGCCUACGUGGCCUUCAAGUGCUGGGACACCUGCAGGAAGAAGCGGCAGCUGGACAAGGCGCGGGACACGGGGGACGCGGGAGUGGCCGCGGACGCGGAGAAGCUGCGGGGGGACAGCGGCGUCUGCCCGGACAGCGCCGGCCUGGAGCCGCCUCAGCCCCUGCCCGCCGAGGGUCCCUCCGCGCUCCCGGGGUCCCCGCGGCGCCAGGAGGAGCCGGGAGAGCUGGAGCGGCUCCUGGAGCUGGGAGCGCCCGGCAGCGACCGGCGCGGCCCCGGCCCCGCGGGGGCACCGGGGGACAUCACCUCCGCUGUGUGACACCCCCGGCGACACCGGGGCCGCGCCGGCGGCUGCUCCCGGCGGUGCUCCCGCUUCUCGAUGGAUUCCGGGGGAGUUUUUUACGUGGGUUUUGUACUUUUGUAGGGAUUCUGGGGGGUGGGACAGGGACUUUUGGUGGCUGGUGCCUGGGUGGGGGCAUUAAACAUGUCACUGGGUGGCAUCAGAA